ACUUUUUAGAAGUCUGCACAUGUACACACACUUGGCAUUUGUCUGCCUCGCUGCACUUUAGUCCCAUUGUGCAUCGUAUUUCUUUGACUUUAUCUCAAGUCAGUUUUCUGGCUUACUCGCUCUGUUUUCAUGAGAAUUGUAUGUAUUUGCACAAAUGAAUGAAACAGUUGUUAGGAUUCUGUGGUGAACUCUGGCACAUUUACAGUGCCAUCAGAGUAUUCACACCCAUUUGACUUUUUAACACAUGUAGUUUUCCAAUCGAAAUUUAAAAUGGAUUUAAUUUGAGAUUUUUGGGUCACUGGCGCGCGUGCACACAACGUCAAAGUGGAGGUCUGUUUUUAGACAUUUUUACAAAUUGAAUAAGAAAUGGAAAGCCUGCCUGGGCGGCAGGUAGCCUAGUGGUUAGAGCGUUGGACUAGUAACUGAAAGGUUGCAAGAUUGAAUCGCUGAGCUGACAAGGUAAAAAUCUGUCGUUCUGCCCCUGAACCCACUGUUCCUAGGCCGUCAUUGAAAAGAAGAAUUUGUUCUUAACUGACUUGCCUAGUUAAAUAAAGGUAAAUUAAAAAGUCUUCAGUCAACAAGUAUUCAACCCAUUUCAAGUUCAAGAGUUAACAUGUGCAGUGUGAGCAGCAGCUAUUGUAAUGUACCUGUCGUCAUCCCAAAGUGUGAGCUCUAAGCAUGCUCCUGAGGUGGUGCUGGUCUUUGAAGAAAAACAGGAAAUAAUUCUGUUUCAUUUUGCACUCAUCCUAAAAUCCAGUAGAUGCCUUUUUGUUUCUGUAAGACUGUGUGGAAGGGGGUGUGUCUAGUAGGUGGGUGAGUGGGGUAGCUAUACAUCGUUAAAGAAAGGCUCCAAAUGUUUCUGCCACUAUUUUUAUAUUUGAAGACAAAAGACAGAUCCCACUCUCAGGAUGGUAUCAUCAGUGGGUGAUGGCUUGUCGGCUUAGUAUGUUGUGGUUAUGUAUACGUUUGCGUGUAGCUGUGAGUGUGAAAGCUGUGGUAUGGUAAGUCCGUUUGUGUGUUUUCUUUGUUUUGGGUAGGACAUGUUUGUUAUUUAGCCUGCGUCUCACAGAGCUCAGAUUACAGCCUUGAUUUCAGGCUCUGCUGGAAUGUCCCCGGCUCCUCGCUAUUCUGGUCCUGACUGAGGGACACUGCAGCUCUAGAGCUCAGCCCAACGCUCUUCCUCCUCCCCUUACUUUACCUCCUUUUCCUCCCUCUUCCUCCCGUCUACUGCACCUCCCCCAUCAUAUUCAGCUGCCUUCAGCUGUACCUUUUAUCUCAGUUGCUGUGGAAGACCCUUAGGAUUUGAUCUGCGUGGAAGAUCCCAUAGGCACACACAGUUGUUGCCACGCUAGCAGUGCCUACUUUCUCGUGUGUCGGCAGGAAGUUGACCUAUGAAUAAUGCAGGUGACCCCUCCAAUGGGGGCUAGGGGAUGAUGUGGAAAUUAAGUGACUAGGUUACCAAGAAAACGGACAGGGGAUAGCUUACCGUUGCUUGGUACUGAGGGUAUUAAAGAUGCAGAUGGAGCGAGAAAGGGACAGAUACACAGAAUAUGUCAAUGUUGUGGAUGGGUGGCCACAUCCAGGAAGUGAUGAGGCAGGGUACGAUGAAAGAGGAUGCAAACAGGAUGCUAUCUUCUGUGGCUUCCUGUUUCUUUUUAGAAUGACUGUUCCCAUGAAGUUCUACCAAAUAUUAAACAUUUUAACAGGAAGUAGAAGAGUGUGGGUUCUGUUCUAAAUAGUAUCAGCCAGCCAAUGGGAUCGCUCAUUACUGUAGUGCUUAGAAGGCGGGACAUAGUCCAUAUUAAAACAUCUCUAAUAAAAGCAAGUUGGUGAACAAACUCAAAAUAGCCAAAUGAACUUGCAGUUUGUUACGUUAUAAUUUUCAGGAGCCACAUUGGGCUUGGUUAAUUUUGUUCACCAACUCUCACCUUUUUAUCUUAGUCCUGUCUGUCAGACUGACUGGUAGCAUCCAUUGACCAUUUACUGCUCAGUAGCCUUUUUUAUGUAUUUUCUUGGUCGGAGUACUUGCUUUAGACCUGCCAGUGUACAGUGUGUGUGUACUGGUCUCUUCUCUCAUAACAGGCUGUGCUGAGACAUUGAGGUCAUAGACUCUGUCUCCGAUCCCAAUCCAUUCAAUCAGGUGAAGGUGUGUGAACAUGUGGAGUCCUUGCCAUUUACACUGCACAUUCUCCAAAUUAUCUAUCUAGUUCAACAAACUUUGUAGGCCUGUGCUGUUUUAUAAAACCGUUAACUGCUUUCAAUUCCUAUCACUUUAAAACCUGCCCCGUACCUGGAACAAACAUCUCCCAAUCUCUGGCCAAGUUUCACAUUGUCAGAAGUGGCUGAUUCAGGAUAAUUUACAUAAUGCCAGGCUUGUUGUGACUUGUUCAUGGUGGGCUUCUGUUCAGACAACGACUGUCUGAAAUAGAAAGGGUGUAUCUAGCUGGCGUACAUUUUUUUCCUUCCUCUUCAGAGUAUAGGUCUAUUGAAAAGUUGAAGUAAAAGCGAACAACAAAUGGAAUGACCUAGCUUUCACCUGGGUUCACCAUGUCAGUCUGAUUUCUUAUUAACGUCACCUGUUAAAUCCGCUUCAAUCAGUGUAGCUGAAGGGGAGGAGACAUGUUAAAGAAUGUUUAAGCCGUGAGACAAUUGGGACAUGGAUUGUGUAUGUGUGCCAUUCAGAGAGUGAAUGGGCAAGACAAAAGAUUUAAGUGCCUUUGAAUGAGUGUCAAGAACUGCAGCGUUGUUGGGUUUUUCACACAACAAUUUCCUGUGUUUCAAGAAUGGUCCACCACCCAAAAGACAUCCAGCCAAAUUGACAAAACUGUGGGAAGCAUUGGAGUCAACAUGGGCCAGCAUCCCUGUGGAAUGCUUUUGACACCUUGUUGAGUCAAUUCUCCAACAAAUUGAGUCUGUUCUGAAUAUUAGGAAGGUGUUCCUAAUGUUUUGUGCAUGUAUGCAAAUAUAUUCAGUUUGAUGCCACUGGGCAGCAUGGUUGUCAAAAUGUUUUUGUUCUUUUCCCCCUAUGUCUUGUAUAGUCUGACCUUUUUUUUCUUUCAGUACCGACAAGCGGGACUCUGCUCUAAGAUGUGAGGGGGGAGAAAAUGAGGGAAAGACAGAUUUAGAGGGAUGGUGAAAAGGAGAUUGAACAGGGAGCAUGCAGUGGAGACGUAUGGCUUAGACUAGGAGUGUGUCAGCGGUGGCGCUCUACAGGAGACUAGGAGUGUUUCUCAAUACAUACUACUGUGCUCCUAGCACGGGAGGGUCGGAGUACGAGUCCAGAUCAAAGUAUGCGAAAAAGGAGCACUAAUCAAAUGCAUACUCCGUUUGUACAUAUUUGGAAGCUUCAACAGAAAGUAUGCACAGAAAUAUGACGCAACCACGUAAAGAAAUUAUGCACAUUUUCUUGAAAUCAAUGAAACCAUUGUUUGAGCUGAAGCGAGAGAAAAUAAACUGACUUCGGAUUGAAAUGUUGCCCAAUCACAUCGCAUACUGUAUGUUGCCGGGCUACAAUAUUUUAUCUUGAAAAGUUAAUAAAUGCAUGUUGUGUAAUUUGGGCUUUUUUUUCUUUUUUACCUGCCUACAAUUAUUUAAUUUUUUUACAUUUAAUUGUUUACCUUUAUUUAACUAGGCAUGUCAGUUAAGAACACAUUCUUAUUUACAAUGACAGCAUAGGAACAGUAGGUUAACUGCCUUGUUCAGGGGCAGAACGAUAGAUUUUUAUUUUGUCAGCUCGGGGAUUCGAUCUCGCAACCUUUCAGUUACUAGUCCAAUGCUCUAAACACUAGGCUACCUGCCGCCCCAAUACCCACUGUAGUGUGCAUAGGUCGCAAGCUCAUAGUAAGUCCGGGUUCCCGAGUGGCGCAGCGGUCUAAAGCACUGACUCUGAGGUGUCACUACAGUCCCUGGUUCGAUUCCAGGCUGUAUAACAUCCGGACAUGAUUGGGUGUCCCAUAGGGCGGCGUGCAAUUGCCCCGGGUUUGGCCGUGGUAGGCUGUCAUUGUAAAUAAGAAUUUGUUCUUAACUGACUAGCCUAGUAUUUUUAAUAUUUUUUAAAACUUUAAAGUCAAUAGCAGUAACAGGCUAGCAACUUAUUUUAGUUAGCAAGCCAGAUAUAGCCACAAAUAAUUUAGCUAGCUACACACGAAGAAUUGACAUCUGCCUUAACGUUAGUUAGUCAUCUUUGCGAUCUGGUUAGAUUAUUAUGAUUCGCACAUGCAGUAGCUAGCUGAUAGUAAUGAAGUAACUAUUGUUGCCAUUGUCCUCCCAUGGGGGGACCAGGGUUCAAUUCCCACGGGGGGGCCAGGAUGAAUAUGUAUGAACUUUCCAAUUUGUAAGUCGCUCUGGAUAAGAGCGUCUGCUAAAGGACUUAAAUGUAAAUGUAAAUGUCCUGGCUGGAAGAAGGUUCAGUGAAUGGGGGUGCUGCAUGAGGUAAUACAGUAGGGGGGGUGUGGGUGCUUCUCAAAUAUUUUAUGUGUUCUCCACACUAUCCGAUCUUCACAAACAUCCUCGGGGGAUGCACUUGAAGCAUGAGCGCGUGGAGCACGGUAGUAUGUAUAUUGAGAAACCCCCUAGGAGUGUCAGAGGUGGUGCUCAACACGUCCAAGCCUGCAGUUUUGGACUGAGGUUGCAUAACGGCUCUCAUCCAUUCUGCAGUUUUCCACUCAGGAAUGAUGAGCUCAUAGCGUGUGUACGAUUGUGAGAAAGACAGUAUGUCUGUGCGUGCCAGUGUGCUUGCCUGCCCAUUUCAGUUGUGUGUGUGUGUGUGUGUGCCGUAGCCUACCUCUCAAGCGCUGGAACAAUGAACUUGAAGGUUUUUUUUUUCUUUGGUGUGGGAAAGGGAAAGUAGUGGACGUCUUCCUCUGGUGUGAACCCUGAGGGGGUCAAGGCCAGUCCAGGGGAGGAAAACAAGGGCAGAGUCUACGAAGAAGAACAGCAGAUGUAGAGGGAGGAUUCGGGGUGCUGAUAUGUGCUGAGGAUGAGUGGCGUGGCAGACAACUCCAUGGCGCCCAUGUGCUCCGAACGGAAACGCAAGAUCUCCACCUGUGAUACACCAGGCCUUGGGUGUGACAAGCGCAGAAGGGAGCAGGAGAGUAAAUACAUCGAGGAGCUGGCUGAGCUGAUCUCUGCCAACCUCAGCAACAUGGUCAGCUUCAACGUGAAGCCAGACAAAUGUGCCAUCCUCAAGGAAACCGUCCGGCAGAUCAGGCAAAUCAAAGAGCAAGGGAAGAGUUCAUGCAGCGAUGACGACGUCCAGAAGGCAGAUGUGUCUUCCACUGGUCAAGGGGUCAUUGACAAGGACCAUCUGGGACCGCUACUGCUACAGGCACUGGAUGGGUUUCUGUUUGUGGUGAACCGGGAGGGCAGUAUUGUGUUUGUGUCUGACAACGUGACCCAGUACCUACAGUACAAACAGGAGGAGCUCAUCAAUACCUCUGUCUACAACAUCCUCCAUGAGGAUGACCGGGAACAGCUGCACAAGAACCUGCCCAAGAACAACGCACCCAAUGGUGGGUCAUGGGGAGGAGAGGCACUGCGGCAGAAGAGCCACACCUUUAACUGUCGUAUGCUGGUGAAAUACGGUCACGGACAGAACUAUCAGAACCAUGGUCCGUCUGAGGGUCCCAACAGGCAGCGCUACGAGACCAUGCAGUGCUUCGCCCUGACCCAGCCCCGUGCCAUGAUGGAGGAAGGAGAAGACCUGCAGUCGUGUAUGAUCUGCGUGGCCCGUCGCGUCAAUGCAGUGGAGAGGACCGAGAGGUUCAGCACCCGCCAUGAGCUCUCAGGUAAACUGAUAGAGAUCGAACAGCAGAGUUCUCUCCACACCACCAUGCAUCCAGGCUGGGAGGACCUGGUGAGGCGCUGCAUGCAAAUGUUCCUCCAUCGCAGCGAGGGCCAGCCCUGGUCCUACAAACGUCACUACCAGGAGGCCUUCCUGCAUGGCCGUGCCGAGACGCCAUCUUACCGGUUCUCUCUCUCCGACGGCACCCCGGUCACUGCUCAAACCAGGAGUGAACUGUGUCGUAACCAUACCUCCAAUGAGCCACCCACCUUCCUUUCUACCCACCUGCUACAGAGGGAGCAGAAUGGCUUCCAAACCAACCAGGGGGGUGUGAUGAGGCACCAGGGCAUGGGCCUCCCCAACACCCAGAUAAACAUGGCUCCUGGGGGGGGCAUGGGUGGCAUGAAUAGGGCCUUCGGCAUAGGGGCAGAGCAGGGGCACGUGGGUCAGAGAGGCGGGCCCCCGUAUGCAGCUGGCAACAGGAUGAACUCCAUUAAUCAGACUAACUCGAUGAAUCAAAUGAACCCUUCGAUGCAUCAAAUGAACUCUCAAAUGAAUUCAAUGAACAAUAUGAGUCCGAUGAAUUCCAUUAAUCAAACAAACUCCAUGCAUCCAAUGAACUCUCAGAUGAAUUCCAUGAACCAGAUUAAUUCUAUGAGUCAGAUGAACCAGAUAAAUCGGAUGAACCAGAGGAGUCAGAUGAGCCUCCCUGGAAUGCAUCAGCAGCAUCUACAGCAUCCUCAGCAGCAGCAGGCCCCGUUCCAUGGAGCGGGGUACGGCAUGGGGGCCAUGACUAGCCCACCCCAGGGUAGUCCAGGUAUGAAUGCCCCCCAGCAGAACAUCAUGGGAUCCCCUAGAGUAAGGGGGAGCCCCAAAAUGUGCGCUAGCCCCUUCUCCCCAGGAGGUAUGCACUCUCCCAUGAGCUCGGGUCACCCAGGGGGGUCUGGAGUGAGCACUGGCUUCUCUAGCAGCUCCCUAAAUGCCCUCCAGGCCAUCAGUGAGGGGGUGGGCACCUCUCUACCUGCACUCACCUCUCCACCCGCACAGAAGCCUGACAGCUCCCCAAGCAUCAACUCCACCCAGCAGGGACAAAGCCAGGGGCAGGGCACGGUCUGUAAACCAGGCAGUUCAGACUCAAAGAGCCCGGGUAGCUCACUGGCCAGUGGAGGGGAGCAGCAGCAACAUACCCCCACCACAGAGGGGACCUCAGACAAGCCAGACAGCCAGGCCAACAGGGAGGGCCCAGCCUGGGGAGAAGCCAACAGACGGGGCCCUGACAACAAGGGGGGCCAUAAGAAGCUCCUGCAGCUCCUCACGUCCCCUACUGAGGAGCAAGUGCCCCCUAACCCCCAGGCUGGCCUUGGCACCACCCCCAUGGGCUCUAAGGCCAAGGAGCGCAUGGGGGGUAUGCCCAGCCCCUCCACAGGUGUGUCAUCCUCUACUGCUGCAGUGGGACAGCAAGGCCUAGGAACAGGGGCUGCAGCAGUACACUUUGCCAACCAGUCCCUGCAGGAGAAGCACAAGAUACUCCACAAGCUGCUGCAGAAUGGCAACACCCCAGAUGAGGUGGCCCGCAUCACAGCUGAGGCCACGGGAAAGGUCACUGAUGGUGGUCCAGAGGCUGGGCCAGGAGGUCCAGGAUUGGGGCCAGGGGCAAGGGGGGCUGAGAUGAAGCAAGAGCUGCACAGCCCCAAGGAUAAGACCCACGCCCUCCUCCACUACCUCCUCAACAAGGACGACUCCGAAGGGGCAAGGAGGGAUGUCAAGCCAAAGCUGGAUGAGCUAGAGGGGAGGGGAGCCUCAGGGGUCACAACCUCUGAACCCAACCCCAUGGUGGGGAAGGUCAAGACUGAACCGCCUGAUGAGUUGGAAACCCUGGAGACAAUUCUUGGAGGCUGCAGGAACUCCAGCUCUGGGUUUUAUCCCGAGCCCGACUCCAGAGCAGGAAAAGAAGGGGGGAACCAGCGGGGAAGUGGCCCAGACAGUUUGCAUGAUGGGGGGAGAGAAGCCAUGAUGUCUGCCCAGCGUGGUUCCCUCCAAAGGGCUCUGUCAUUGGACGCUAGGCCCCUAGAUGGUGGUGGUGGCCUGGCAGGGAGGAGGAACGUCCCCUGCCCCACCCUCAUCAAACUGGAGAACAUGGAGGCCCCUAUCCGGCCAGGCAUGACCAACGGUUUUCCAGGACCUGGAGGCAUGGGAGGUAUGAACAGGGCUAUGGGAAUGCCACAGCGGCCCUCCAUGGCAGGGCAAGGUGACUGGGGGAUGCCAAGGUCCAGGGGCAGUCCUGUGGGGGCACCAGGACACCCCUCAAUGGGCCGGCCAGGGAUGGACUUCAUCUCCAAGGGCGUAAUGAGAGGUCCCUUGGUCAACCGAUCCAAUAGUUUACCUGGCAACACCAGGUCUAUGCUGAAGCAGCAACUCAUGGAAAUGGCUUCCAAUGAGGUGAAUAUGGGGAUGAGUCCCUUCAGUGGGCAGGGUCCUCCACCUCACUCCCCCUCCUGGCCUGACAGUGCCAUGGGAAUGGACAGACCACCCACCUACACAAAUAGGCGUCAGUUUGGGAACCCCCUGGAUGAGCUCCUGCUUCCGCCCUCCACCAGCCAGGGGCAGAGUGAUGAGCUGGCACUGCUGGACCAGCUGGACUCUCUGCUCAACAACACUGAUGUUAUCGCCCUGGAGGAAAUCGACCGGGCCCUGGGCAUCCCCGACCUCGUAGGACAGACUCAUGGUCCAGAGCCACAGCCAGGUCCGGGGCGGAGGCCCCAAUCGGAGCCCUUCACUGGCCCAGGACCAGACACCUCCAUGGGGAUGGAGCAGAAGCCCAUGUAUGGCCAGGGGUACCCAGGACCCCCCUCUAUGGGCAUGCAGUCAGCUUAUGGGGGUAACCCCAUGCAGGGCCAGUCCCCUGCUGGUUUCAACCCCAUGAUGAACCAGAUGGGGGGCCAGCAAGGCUCAGAGGGCUUUCCUGGCAUGGGGGAGAUGGGCCACCCCCGCGCCAACAUGAGACCCCGCAUGAUGAGUGCCAUCAAGCCCCUUAGACAGCAGCUGGUGCAGAGGUUACAGGGCCAGCAGUUCAUGAACCAGACCCGUCAGGGUAUGGGCGUCAAGAUGGAGAAUACCCCUACAGGAAACCCCACGUUGCGGCCUGGGAUGCAGCCCAGUAUGGGGAGUCAGCCUGGAUUCCUGAAUGCUCAGAUGAUGGCUCAGCGCAGCAGAGAGAUGAUGACACUACAGAUGAGGAGACAGAGGAUGAUGAUGCUGAUGCAGCAGCAGCAGCAACAGGCUGCAGCAGGAGGCUUCAGCCCCCCACCUAACAUCACGGCCCCUGCAGGCAUGGACAACCCAAUGGCAGGACCCACCAUGAACCAGCCAGGACAGCAGCAGUUCAACUACGGCGGAAACUAUGGAAUGAGCCAGCAGGGGGACCACUCGUUUGUAGGUGCAGGCAGCAGCCCGCCCAGCAACAUGAUGCCAGGUUGUGUGGGAGGGCCUCAGAAUCCCAUGAUGCAACACCACCCCCACAGCGGCCCCAUGUACCAGUCAGCAGACAUGAAAGGCUGGCCACAGGGUGGAAUUCCACGGAACAACUCAUACCCCCAGCAUCAUCAGUUCACCCAGCAGGGGAACCCAGGCCAGUUUGGGGGGCCCAUGAUGAAUGGCUCCAUGGGCGGGCCAGGCCCGGUCAGUGGUGCUGGUGGAGCACAGAUGGGCAUGAACUCCAUGGGAAUGGGCCGGAUGCCAAUGGGACCUGAACAGAAGUAUUGCUGAAAAUUUCUGUAAUCUAUAAGUGCCCUCACCAGGAGGACAGCAAAGACUGCAGUGCCCCACCUAUGUGUCUGCAGUGUGGGUGGGAGAAGGGAUGGCUAAGGGCCACCGGACACAGCCCCAAGAUCUUCUCCCUCCACUGUUCUCCGGCGGACACUCAUAAUAAGCCACAGUGAAAACAAACCAACUACACAGUGAGAGACUCUGGAAUAAAGAUACACCUCAUACCUAAUGCAGCCUCCCGUUGUAGGCUUGCCUCUCUGGGUGGAGUGUGUAUGACUUAGUUCAAGAAGAGGCCCUGCUUGUUCUUCCUGUGGGAGUGUGUCUGCUACACCAGAGGAGGCCGCAUCGUAUGUGUGCUAGGCAACACAAUCUAUUUGAUACAGGAUGGGAUACGGUACAACUAGCUAUGGCUGCACUUUACCAGAGGGCUUCUAUGUAAAAGGAUUGUUGCAAUAUUUCUUAGUCAUUACAGCCUUACAAGAUGCAAUGCAUUCACAGCAUUGGUUUCUUUUUCUUUUAUCCUUUGGAUAUGCCCCUCAAUUUUUUUAAAUUUUGGGAGCUAUUUGCGCAGGUUAUUUCUAUAUUAUGCAGAUUCAAGCAAUACAACUUUCUAUGCUUUAGAUGGAAACUGAGUGUCAAACUCAUAAGCAAACGGUACUGCAGUAUUAAUAUCACAAUUUAUUCAAUGUGAAUACGAAUUGUAAAUAUGCUACAAAAGUAUCGCACAUGCUUUUUAUAGAUCACUUUUUUUGCACAGAGUAUGAGACUUGGUCAAAUUCUACGUGUGUAUUUGUCUACAAGUUCAAUACCAUUUUAGUUUGCAGUUUAUUUUAACAUUUUGAACUGAGUGAGGGUUUCCCGCUUUGUCAUUAUCCUCUGAACAUGUUUCUUCUAAGUGAUAACAGCCAUGUGUUUCUUUUUAGAAGCACUUUUAUUUGGAUGUGGUGCAUUGACAGUUUGGAGCUUUGAAAUUAUCAAAAGGUUUGGUGGUGAUGGAAACUAACACUGGAUUGCAGUGAAUGAAGAAAGGACAGUCUUUCAAAUGAGCAGAGCUUCCUGGCAAGCUGCUGUGUUGGCAUGUGUAUGAGUAUUAUAGAAAAGAUGGGGUGGCGUUAUUGACUAGGGACUGUUUAUAAAGUAGUUCUUCCUUUCUUUCCUAGCUCUCACUAGUGUUUUAUGUCCUUUGACUGUUACUCUUGACUCCAAGAAAUGUACCUUAAAUCUUGCACAAUCCAAAGAUAUUUUUCCAGGUCUUUGUAUGGUUUUUGACAGUGUACAUUUUUAUCUACGAGUUGUAUAUGCGGACAGUAACUAGGUACAUAUCAGCAUAUUAUGAUAUUGUACUGAUAGCAUAGGGGACUGAGUACUGUUGUUCAGAUGCCAGUGGGUAGCUAACAGUAGCAGUGAUGGGUGAUUCAGUGACUGGUCGAAGCCCUUUGCAGUGGCAUGCAACAGAAUGAAAGGCAUAUCAACCGUUCUUUUUUUCCUGACAAUAACAUUCUGUUUUGUCCAGGUUGAUUACUUCACUGCAUUUCUACAUAAGUAAUUUCAUUAUGUCAAACAAAGGAUUCACCUGGGUAUGUUAAUUUUUGUAGUUUUCCUUUGUUUUACAGGAUGUGUAUUCCUACGGUUUUUGUCUCGAUGUUGAUAGGGCCAUGCUAUCCUGGAUCCUUGGGACAUCUCUAAGUUGACUUUAAAAAAAAAGGUUAAGGUUGGGUAAGGGUUAUGGUUAGUGGCUUUCCAAAGGAACUUGGCUAGCAUUAACUGAUGUUGAUAUUGAUGUAAAUACAAAUUUCUAUUUAAACA